AUGGAGAAUGCCUGUGAUCCCACACUGGAUCCAAACACAGCAAACACUCGUCUCAUUCUGUCUGAUAAGAACAGGAAGAUCACAUAUGUGGAAGAUCAUCAGUCGUAUCCUGAUCAUCCAGAGAGAUUUGAAGUUGUUCCUCAGGUUCUGUGUGGAGAGAGUCUGACUGGAUGCUGUUACUGGGAGUUUGAAUGGAGCGGUUGUGCUGAAAUAUCAGUGACAUAUAAAGGAAUCAGCAGGAAAGGAUGGAGUGACUGUUGGUUUGGAUUCAAUGACAAAUCCUGGAGUCUGAACUGCACUGAAAACAGUUUUUCUGUCCGUCACAAUAAGAACUUCACUUAUAUACCUGUCGACCGUUCAUCCUCUAAGAGAGCAGGAGUGUAUGUGGACGUGUCGGCCGGCACUCUGUCCUUCUACAGCGUCUCUGACACACACACACUCACACACUUACACACAUUCAACACCACAUUCACUGAACCCCUCUAUGCUGGAUUUAAGGUUUAUCCUGAUUCCUCAGUGUGUCUGUGUGACAUUAAACAACCUCCUGUGAGAAACAACAGUGAUACACACACAACCGGGUUCUCUGACUCCAAACCUUCUGGGCUCAAUAUUCACCCACUGCUGAACUGUCAGUCUUGUGUCCAUAUAGCUGAUUCUGAUCAGUGGGUUCAGAUUGAGCCGUCGGCCUGUACAGAUGAAGGAGGGUCAAAGUUCAGGGUCAGCACUGACCCAGGCCGUUACGAGUGUGUCCGGACCAGAAUGCGAUGGGUCUGUGACUGUGACGUCACCCUUCAGUACUGUACCGUAGACGGACACUUCCUCAACACAGAGCUGGAGAGGCUGCAGUGUAACCGGAUCGGUCCAGUGAUUGACGUGACGGUGAUCUCAGGGAAACUGGAGGAAGUUCAUCUGCCCCAUUACGCCUGUUUAGGAGAGUCUGACCCCUCUCUCAAAGAUGCUGUGAAAGUCCUCACCGUAAAAGAUGAAGGAAUAACCACAGAACCUGUGCAGUUGACCCGAUUCCAUGCCAAGAUUGUCCAACCAUCCUUCUCUCUUACAACAUUAAUUAUAAGUUGGAUAAUGCGAGUGUAUGAACACUGCGAUCUUCUUCUCUACAUGCGUUCUAAAGUUCCUCUCAUUCUACAUGUCUACUUUUUUCCAGUUGAUGAUUGUGCAGAAGAAAAAGUUGAGAAGAAUGAAAAGUCAAAUGACCCAAUCCCACAUCCCAGACCUGACAGGCCAUUUCAGAUGAAAACGCCACACAUUCUUGACGUUCCAGGUGCCUCUAUCCAUCCCAAAGAAGGGAUCACAUUCAGAAGAGAAACUGACCCAAACUUCUUCAAAGUCAAGACACGUCUGGAGAAUGAUCUUCAAAUGACUCUUAUCAGAAAGGAGGAUAAGGAGGUGGUCUGGACUGCAGUAUUUGAGAAAGAUGAACUUGAUCUGAUAAAUCCUAAGAGAGACGAGCCAUGUCUGAAUAGUGAGGCAGAUAAAGCAAGAUAUUUCGAUAACCAUUGGUCAAAUCUCAUUCAGAAAGUCGAAAAUGUCCAGAUCAUUGCAGAUAAACUGUGUCAGCAGCAACUGAUUUAUGAUGAACAAUACUCAGAAAUCACACAGAGUUUAACCAGUCAGGAGAGCAUGAGAAAGAUCUGUGACAUUAUACGCAAGCACAGAGAUGAUGUGAAAGCUAAAUUCAUCUCAGUUCUUCAGGAAGAGAAGCUUUACCACUUCUGA